GAAGAAGAAGAAGAAGAAGGAGUCAGCAUCCGAUUCCAACGAACAGCUAAAUUAGCUCAAAUGCUCCCAGAGAGCCGCCAAACACGUAAUGAUUUGGCAAAGGACAGAACUAAAGCGGGUGCGCACAGAAUUCCUCGUUCAGCGGUCAGGCUUUUGAACUAGGACACGAGUGGUACCUGAACCGCGUACGGGUUACCAUUGGGAGAUACCAGACGGACCAACCAACGGUGGAGACGCGGUAGGACAAGGACACUAAAAACAUUUCCAAGGACCUCAAAGUGGAUUAUAUACUUUUUUCCAUAUUUUUCUUUCCUCGUGUGAUGAACCGGAUGGACUUAAGACUAACCGAAUUGUUGUAUUUAUGAAUACAGUCUAUAAAUGCACCGCAGUGACAGCUGAACUGACACGUCGUUGUUUUUUUCCACACACAUUUGGCUUCGUAGGCGAAUUUGAAAUCUUUAGGUUAAAGUAAGAAUUUGGUUAAACUUAAAUUAAGAAAACAUCAAGCGAUGGUUACACGUAUAACGAAUGGUAGUGAAUUGCCCUGCAAUACACCAUGACGGCACGACGCAGAAGCAUGCGCCACCCUAAACGGAUGACGUGAUCUUGCGGCGGAGCGCGAUGCUCUUAUUUCUAAGUACAAUCGUCCUGAUCACAGCUGUAGACGCUCUCCAGGUGAUUGGAGGAAACGUGACCGUGGUGGAAGGAGGGACGAGCAUCUUGCCGUGUAAACUCAUCAACGCUAAGGAAUCCCUCACCCAGAUCGCAUGGAGGAAGGAACCUGAGGAGGACAAUUUCAUUUUGAUUAAACCCAUUACUGGAAUGAAAUUCGUCAACGGAGUGGAUAAACGAUUUGAAUUUUUUGGGAACGUUAGCGACUACAACGGAUCGCUACGGUUUUCCAACAUCACUUUGAGAGAUGAAGGCACCUACACGUGCAUCUUCACUUUGUUCCCCUCUGGAAAUGUCCAGACGAAGAUACUUCUAAACGUGCUUGUGCCUCCGCUCACAAGCCUUGAGGAUAAUCGUCCUAUUUUGGGUGAAGAAGAAGUUCCCCUCGUUACAUGCAAGGCAGCUGGUUCCAAACCUGCUGCAGAGGUGCGUUGGCUCAAAGGUACUUUGGCAGAAAAAGUGACGGAAAGAACUCACGUCACCCGUCAUGACGACGGUACAACAACCACAGUCAGCUCGCUGUCUGGAGCGCCGAGCAGAGAAAUCCACGGUCACUUGGUCGAGUGUAUCGUCACUAAUGCAGCCCUGUCAAAAGAGGAGAGGCUGCCUUUCAACAUACAGAUCUACUUCCCACCCACUGAAGUGAACAUCAGCAAGAAAUCGGAGGAUGCAUUUGAAUGUGAGACUGAAGCCAACCCACAUGCACAAUUUAUCUGGAGCAGAUCUGACCGUUCUGGGCUUCAGUCUGCUGUCAGAGUAGACGGUGCAGCGCUACGGUUUCUGAGCAUGACCUCUGACCUGAAUGGCCUCUACCAGUGUGAAGCAUCUAACCUGUAUGGAAAAAAACACAGCUACAUCUAUGUGCAUGUGACUUCUGAAGUCUGCCGUGCCUGUUGGAUCUUAUUUGUGAUUCUGAUCAUCAUGAUGCUUGUUGGAGUCUCUGCUCUGUGUUACAUGUACAAGACGGGGAAAUUUAUACGUGUGUUUAUUAGGGACAGGACGGGAGAGGACACGCGUGCAGAGACGGCGACAGUCCAAGAAUUGGAGCCACUGGAAGUGGUAGAGGAACACGUGGAAGCAACAAGCUAGAAGACAGUUGUCUCACUGCAAAGGACCCAGUGCUGACACCACGUGUGUGAUUUCACAACAACGGCAUCAACUGUUGAUGACAACAAAGGAUUAUGAAGAAUGUCUACAGGCCCAAAAGAAACUAGCUGACUGACCAAUGUUUUCGUGAAUAAUUUGAAUUGGGAACAUUGAGGGUAUGGAAUGAAAACCUGAGAAUAUUGUGCAAAUAUACAAAACAAAGUUAACUAGCGGUAAAAACCGUGUGAUCUCCCCGUCCCCCAUGCAUCAUUACCUGUGUCAAUUGCACCUGUGCCCCCAUAUGUAGACUCCCUCUCACAAUAACACACUGCCACCCGUGGCUCCAGACAUCAUUUGCCUGAAGGCAAUUGACUCGACAGUUGACAGAGGAGGCAUGUCAUCAACAACAUACCUAAGCAAUCAAUUUAUUCACCUCUGACCAUCUUAUCGGCUGCACUGCAGUCCGUGCAAAGUCGAAUGUAAGAAAAAUUCUCACUCGACACCUGGGGCCUGAUGUACAAAGACUUGCAUGGAUUUCUUACUGAAAAAUGGCGUACGAUCGAACUCAAAUGCCCUCGCACGCACAAAAAUAUCCGGAUGUAUCAAUGUGUGAGAACGCAUGAAUCCAAGCCCAUUUCCUUUGUAAAUCUCAAUCAACGUGGAAUUGAGCGCACAUGUCGGAGUACCCGACUCCUCCCUGUCCACGCCCCUACUUAAAUAUGCAAAUAAUAUUUAAAUGAGCCCUGCAUCUGCGGUUCCCCUCUCUGCAUGAUCAGAAGAUAUAGAAAAAAA